AUGACUACUGUGUCUACCCCCCUAUAUGAGCCUGCCUAUGGUUGUGAGCACCUGCAGGAUAUCUUUGAGAAUGAUACAGAUGCCGCCACUAGGCUCGCCGAAAAUUACGCUAAACUGAAUGGCAAAGGGCCGUGGAAUCCGUCACAAGUUCGACUUGAUGCCUCGAAAAGGAGUACCUCUGGACCAAAAUUUUCCCUAAAACCGCAGUACCAGUGCCUCCAAUGCCCAGCAGUAGGAGUAAAGGCUGCACGUUGUGAACACAGUUCACAAACGGGGCACAUAUUUUUUGCGGACUAUAGAAGCAAGAAUGUUUUCUGUCAAGGAUGUGACGAUCUCAUAUAUGAUGUUGACUUGGAAAGCAUUUUAAAGAAUAAUAUCGAACCUAUUGUCUCGAGGAAACGGAAGGUUGACAAUAUGGAAGACGACGAAUAUGCAAGUUACAUAGCAUUGAACACAAACAAGAAAAUUUGUGGCAAAGAAGGUGUCAGGGGCUUGUUCAACCUUGGCCAGACAUGUUACAUGAAUGUUAUCCUCCAAACCCUGUUCCACGAACCCGUCUUGACAGCUUACUUUCUUGGAAACGGACACAGCACUAGCGAUUGCCAGAAAGUGAACUGUUUUGGCUGUGCUCUUGCAGAUGCUUUUGCAGAGUUUAGCAACGAAGAGAAAGAUGAAGGGUUUGGAGCUCUCAAUCUCCUGCUUGCCUCGUGGCAGAAAUCGUCGGACCUUGCUGGUUACCAUCAGCAAGACGCUCAUGAAUUUUAUCAAUUCUUAGUAAACCAACUUCAUGAGAGUACCUCCGGCAACCUUGACUGUGACCCAACCUGUCGCUGUUUCUUCCACACAGCAUUCUUCGGCAAACUUCGAAGCACUAUUACCUGCGGAAACUGUGGCAAAGUAUCUCGCACCGAAGAUCCAGUAAUGGAUGUCAGUUUGGACCUUCAAGUUCAAAAGAGAAAGCGUGCACUUGGCGGUGGAGAGCAGAGUUCCGACGUCUCGCCAACCCUACAGGGAUGCUUGGAAGGGUUAAGAAAGCUACCAGUCAUACUGUGCAUGCAACUGAAACGAUUCGAGCGGAACCGCUCUGUCUCGGAGAAGGUGGAAACCAAAGUCUCAUAUCCUGCCUCGAUCAAUAUGAUGCCAUACACCACUCGCCCCAGGUCCCAUAACAGGUCGCAGUUCCAGUACGAUCUGUUGAGUGUCGUCGUUCAUAUUGGUGACAUUGAUUCCGGCCACUACCUUGCCUACUGCCGACACGGUGAACAGUGGUUCAAAUUUAAUGAUGAUCGCGUAACGGUCGUAGCUGAGGCGGAGGUGUUAGGGGCUGAUGCUUACCUGUUGUUCUAUACCUUGCAGGCGUACGCUUCUUGCAAGUAG